AUGACCUCAAGAAAAGAGGGCCACGAAGAAUGGGUAACAUCUGGGAAAGAGCAACUUACUUCCGAUGUAGAGCAUACUCUCAAGCUUGCCAACGAUUAUGCUCUUGAUUCGAUACGCUCCGAUGGACAUUGGUGCGGGGAGUUGAGGUCCAAUGUCACUAUCACGGCCGAAUACAUCUUCCUUCGACACGCUUUGGGUCUAGACUUGAAAGCCGAUAAUGCGGCUUACUGCCGCCAUAUACUAUCACAGCAGAACUGCGAUGGCUCGUGGGGCCUAGCACCUGAGUAUCCCGGUGACGUAUCGACCACGACUGAAGCCUACUUAGCACUCAAGUUGCUGGGGGCGAGUCCAGACAUGCCGGUCAUGCAACAAGCCCGCGCAUUUGUUCUCAAAGCGGGCGGCGCUGAAAAAGUUCGCGUUUUCACUCGCAUCUUCCUGGCAACCUUCGGAUUGUUUCCAUGGGAUGCAGUGCCCCAGCUGCCCGUGGAGCUAAUUCUUUUGCCUUCCAGUUGUCCAAUCAACAUGUACACUUUGGCGUCCUGGGCCCGAGGAACCAUUGCCCCGCUGCUGAUUAUCUGCCACCAUCGGCCCGUGUACGCGCUACCGGAGGACUACCUAGAUGAGUUAUGGCUCGAUCCGACGGACAAAAUGGUGCCGUAUGGCGCAUCACUCCGGGAUCUGCUGCGCCAGGGAGACUUUGCUGGACUUGCAUUUAGUGUCGUGGAUAACUUGCUUUACUACCUGAACGGUCUCCGUGCCGUCCCAUUGCUCCGAUCAUACGCCCGACGAAAAUGCCUACAGUGGAUCCUCGAGCGCCAGGAGCCCACUGGUGACUGGGCUGGGAUCUUUCCUCCGAUGCAUGCCAGUAUUUAUGCGUUCGUGCUAGAGGGCUACGAGCUGGAUGACCCUCCAGUCCGCCUUGGAAUUCAGGCAUUGGAAAAAUUUGCUUGGGAAGACGAAAAGGGCAAACGAAUCCAAGCAUGUGUUUCUCCCGUGUGGGACACAGCUCUGAUGUCGAUCGGGCUCUGCGAUGCCAUGUCGCCCGAUAAGCACGUCCUCCAGCAGGCCAUCACUUGGAUCCGGAAUCGUCAAUUGCUGAAGCCCUGCGGGGACUGGCGGGUCUACCGCCCUAAGCUAGCCCCCGGAGGGUUUAGCUUCGAGUACGACAAUAGCCACUAUCCCGAUGUGGACGACACCGCGGCCAUCAUUCUGGCUCAGCUGAAGCAGGAUCCUCAAUCCGUCGCUUCGGACUCUGUGAUUGCAGCUGCAACAUGGAUCCUAGGCAUGCAGAACACUGAUGGCGGCUGGGCUGCCUUUGACGUGGAGAAUGAUAAGCUGUUCCUCAACAAAAUUCCCUUCAGUGAUAUGGACAGCUUGUGUGACACCUCCUGUGCCGAUAUUACUGGGCGGAUUCUGGAAGCCUUCGGAUUGAUGAUGAGACGUGAAUUGAAAAGGCCCCUCCUUUCUCCAAUUUUACGGCAUGCAUGCACUCGGGGGAUCACAUAUCUUGCAUCCACACAAGAGGCCAACGGAGCCUGGUUCGGACGAUGGGGGUGUAAUUACGUCUAUGGGACGUCUCAUGCACUGUGCGGAUUGGCUUACUACAUGGAAGAUGACAAGCGAGUCAGUGGGCUAGUAGCGCCAGCGUUACAAUGGCUAAAAUCCAAACAAAAUGACGACGGCGGUUGGGGCGAACCGCUACUAUCCUACCAAACAACAGGCACUCAGCUGCAGCAGCAAUCAACUCCAUCACAGACUGCAUGGGCGCUAAUGGGACUAUUGGCCCACCUUCCCCUCACUGACCCUGCUAUUGAGCGUGGGAUCCGGUGGCUGGUAUGUUCACAACAGCCAGAAAAGGGCAUUGGAGCUUCCUGGCCCGAAGCGCCCAACACCAUGAUGUAUUUCUUUUCGAACUUCAGUCGUUCCCGGCCAGCAACUGUGACCACUGACAAGGUUGUCCCUCUACGGUACUGGGAUGACCUGGACUAUCUCCGUCAUCUCUGCCAUGAUUUCACCUUCCGUUUUGACGACGUACUGGACGCCUCCAAGCUCGAUGCUGCUCUGGCACGUUUGACGGAGAUUGGAGACUGGAAACAAAUGGGAGCUCGUCUGCGCCUGAAUGACCAAAAUCGCCUCGAAUACCACAUUCCCGCUGAAUAUACCAAAGCGCGGCCCGCAUACAACUUUACCACCACCGAGUAUGGGUUGCGCAUCUCCGAGCACGAACUCGGUAGACAGCUACCAAAAUCAGGCCAAGAUCAAUCGGUUCUCUCGCCUUCGCCUGCUGUCUUCGCUCCCAUUGUCCGCCAUGCGGAUAGUCCUCGCAAGCUGGCUGACUGGAUAUACACCGACCGGCCACAACUUCAUAUCCAUGUAUCUGUCUUCCAGGACGCGACUCUGGUGACAAUUAGCUAUGUUCAUACUCUGUUCGAUGCUAUUGCGAGGUCAACAUUCUUCAACGCGUGGAUAGCUGUUCUGCGGGGUCGAGAAGACGAAGUACCGCCUUUCAUCCCUUUCGAACAUGAUCCUCUGCGCACACUGGGUACAGAAGCCCCGGUGAAGCCUUAUAGUAAAUUUGACCGCGCUCUUAGCGGACUUAGCCUUGUGAUGUUUGGGCUGCGGUAUCUAUGGGAGCUGUUCUGGUAUCAGCAAGAGGAGGAACAUCCCAUUCGCCUACCAAGACUAUGCGUGGAACGGCUGAAGGAAUCCGCUAGGAAAGAGCUUGCUGCGAUGAGCUCCGAUAAUGAGGACAAGGCGCCCUUUCUGAGUGAAGGUGAUGUCGUUAUGGCGUGGUGGGUGAGGACUAUUGUCACAGCUCUGAAUCCGGCGCCAGAUCGAACCAUCAUGGUCAUGAACGUCUUCAACGUAUGGGCGCUUUUUGAGGAGUGGUUCCCAACUGGCGGCGCGGGGUUCAUUGGUAACGCUUUUUUCUAUUCCUACACGCUGCUAGUUGCAGGCCAGGUUAUUCAGGAUGCUAGCCUCGCAUAUGUGGCGUCCAAAAACCGUAAAGCCCUCAUGGAGCACCGGACAAAGGAACAAGUUCAAGCCAUGACAUCCAUGCAGAGGGCAUCGUUCACUCGGACACCACCAGUUGUCGGAGAUGCCAAUUUGCUAUUUAUGGCAUGCACGAAUCAGCACAAGGCCAGGUAUUUCGAGCUGGACUUUUCGGCUGCCGUGGUGGCCCUGGGAGUGCCUCUGAGCGAACGGCCACAUGCUCUAGGUAGACCGUCGUAUAUCAACGACAUUGAGACUUGUCAGGGGUACCCAACCCGGAACGUAGUCAGGAUCAUUGGGAAGGAUGCUGCGGGUGAUUAUUGGCUUUUGUUCAAGACUCGACCGGGCGCGUGGGCAGUUAUUCAUAGACAGUUGGUAGCGUUGCUGAAGCUGGAUGAGAAAGAAUGAUGUAUGUCAAGCAGAUUAGUUAGUACGAG